ACUUUUGCUCCCUUCCGCCACACUGAUCAGAGCCGGACACGCACCUGCAGGGCCGGCCGUGGCCGAGGGCCGCGCUCCUUACACCGGCGGGCUCCUCCCCGCCGUGAAGCUGCCGCCGCGCCUGCCCCGCCUCAGCCCGUAGCUCCGGCCGCUGUCGCCAUGCGGCUGUGGGUGCUGCUCAUUCUGCUGCUGCUGCAGGAGAACGUUUUUGGACAGUCUGCCAAAAAUAAGCAUCCAAAGAACCAGGGGAAAACAAAUCAAGCCUAUCACAAGAAAGUAAAACCCAAGGGCCUGAAAAUGAAGGAAAGGGAACCUGUUGACUCUUCCUCCAAGUCGCAGUCCAUACUGAUGCAGGUGAUGGAUAAAGGCCGUUUCCAGAAGCUAACUGCCACUUUAAGCCUGUCUGCAGGACAAAGCAUAGAACUGCGAUGUAAGGGGAGUAAUGUGACUUGGAGCUAUCCUUCAUACUUGGACACCUUUAAAGACUCCAGACUCAGUAUAAAGCAGUUGGACAGGUAUGGUCAGCUGAUCCUCACAAACUCCACUGCAGCAGACACAGGUGAAUACAGCUGCUGGCUUCAGCUGUGCAGUGCUAACAAAUGCAGGAAGGAUGAGACAAAAACAGGUUCAACGUACAUCUUCUUCACAGAUAAAGAGGAACUUUUUGUACCUACUCCCAGUUAUUUUGAGAUUGUCUACCUGAACCCAGACAGACCUGCUGUCAUCCCAUGCCGUGUCACUAAUCCUUCAGCAAAAGUUACUCUACACAGGGAAUUUCCAGCAGAAGAAAUUGAAACAGAUGAAACUAAUAUUAUUUAUGAUGCGAAGAAGGGCUUUGUCUACCAGCACCCAACUUCUGAUCAUAAGGGUAUUGUCUACUGCAAGGCAGAGUCACAGGGAGCACCUCAGAUUUCCAUCAAGUAUCACCUACUCUAUGUGGAAGUCCCCAGAGGCCCACCCUCAGCCACAAUCGUGGCAUCACCCAGUAGAGCCAAAGUCAGCGAUGGUGUCCAUGUAGCCUGCACUGUCCUUGGGGAGCCAGAUGUAGACGUGAACUUCAGCUGGCAGUACCCAGGGCAAGAGCUGGAGCGGCCUGUGAUCAUACAGAACUUCUGGAGACUGAUAAACAGGGGGACCGGACACACCACAAGAAUCUCAAAGAGCGUUCUGGUUAUUGAGGACUUUGAAGCCAGAGAUGCUGGGAACUACAUUUGUAUAGCUCAGAACCUACAAGGAGCAACAACAGUGGCGACCAGAGUUGAACUGAACUAAUGGAAAGGCUUCUGGACUCAUAAUGAACUGUACGUGGCUUUGCAUUUUAGCUCUUCUGGGUCUGUUAACGUUUAAGUGAAAGGUUUCUCUAUCACAUUCUUUUCCUAUGUCACUGCAUUCCAUUUUCACUAGAACACCAGGCCAAAACAAGGUGCCUCACACCUGGCUCUAUUCAGCUGUGAGUUAGAAACACUUUACAGUAUUAAACUCUGUAGUGUAUUCAACGUGUAAUCCUCUCGAAGCCUCCACAUGCAUAUGGCUUAUCGUACUUGGGAACGGAUGCUCCUGCAUUUCCCUUCGCAUGUGGCCUUUUUCCUCCAACUCUUACAGGGUGAACCUGCUGGAUGGUUUGUGCCUUUUUCCUCUGUGAAAACUCAGGGGAUUUUUAAUAUCUUCAGGAACCCCCCAGUGCAGGUGCAUCUCUUCUGGUGCUGUGCAAUAUAAAACGUAGAGUACUGUACUUGUUUAAAACAAAAAAGCAAAAACCCACAAAAAUUUCUGAUAGAACCAGCCAAUAGCAAUAUUGUUUAAAGCAAUUAAAUUUCUUAACAUUAUAAAACUCA